AUGUCACUUUCGUUUGCCAUAUUCUCGGGACUUUUGAUGACAAUAAGCAGCGCACCUUUAAUAAACAGAUACUGCCUUCAUGGAGAGUUGGAUGUACGAUUUACAAGGGAACCCGAUGGGCACGACUUCUACUGUCGUGACAUUUGUACGGAGAAUUUCAAACAUUAUGAUAAGAUCUGUCUCAACGACCCAAAUGUCAUGAAGCAUUGUGCUGCUUUCGUGAAUUGCACAAUAACUCCAACAACACCACCGUCGCCUUCAACAACACCACUCCCCACACAAGACAGUGGCUCUUUGGCACUGAAGAUCGCUGCUCCAACAGCAGUUACAGCUGGAAUUAUUCUGUUAGCUAUUGUUAUUGCGGUGUACAGGUUCCUGAAUAACAAAGUUCCCAACGAAAAUCAGGAAAUAGCUGGAGAGCAUGAGGAUCAAGUCCUGAUGGUCAAUCCGGAUGUGCAUCAAGCCGUGGAUAGAAACAAAUCAUCCCUUGUACAUGUUGUGCCCAACAAAGUUGAAAAAGACGAUGACUUAUAAUAAAUUCUUAUCCAGUUUAAAAAUUGAAGAAUGAAUUAAAGCUUGUUGAUUGAGAAAAUACAAUCAUCCCAUGCCUAUUGAGCCAUUGGUCGAAGAUGUGGCUUCUAGCAUCCUGUCCCUGGGACGCUUGAAAAAGAGGGAAAUAAGGGACAAGUUCACUCGUAUGGAGUCAACUGUUCGGCAGAAAUGCAAUAUGUCUGUGAACACCAGAGAUGAGGAAUCUGAAGAGUAUUGCUGAACA